AUGGCGACUGGAUACGACGGUAAAAUCAUACGAGGCAACAUGUCAAGAUGGUCUGGAUUACCGAAAGACUUAUGUCAACAUAUCUUAUCAGGAUCCACUCUCAAAGGCAUUAAUCGAUUCAAAGCAGUGUGUCCAUCUUGGUCUGCUGCAGCUGAUGAGAUGAUUAAAUCACCAACCUUCACUUGUUCACCGGAAACAACGUGGCUCGUUCUUCCCGGAGACAUGAACAAAGGGGAGGCCAUUGAUGGGUCUUCUAGGUUUUACAGCCUUGACGGAAACUUUUACAACUCCAACACCAACAUGCCGGAGGAGACGAGAGAGGCCAUUUGCUUUGGAUCCUCUCACGGCUGGCUAGUUUUGUUGAACGACCAGCUUGAUUUCAUGCUGACAACUCCAUUCUUACCUGGGAUUCAACUAUCCCUCCCACCACUCAAGACCUUUCCAGAUAUACUUAGCAUUACUUAUCAUAAAGGUACUACUUAUGCAUACAAUAUUGUCGACCACUUCAAAUUAGAGCGGAAAACCGCUAUUUUGCCUAUAAAAGAGGAUUUCACUUCUGUGAAGGAUUUGGCAAGCAAGCUCAUGAGAGCCAAGGCUGUGUUGUCUUCGCGUCCAACAUUCAGCAGCAAAGACCAGAUUGGAGUCAUGGUGAUAUACAUGUUUGGACUCGAAGAGAUAAGAUACAACAGCCUUGCAUUCUGCACAACAUCUGAUCAUAAGUGGACAAAACUUGAGGAGCGCAAAUGGUACAUGGAAAUCAUGGGGCGUGAUAACGAGUUCUUUGUCUUAAUGAAAGACUACACCGUUGAUGUCUGGAAUUUCGGCACAUCUUCCAUUCCGAUGAAGAAGAUGGAGAUAAAACCUGAUGCAUGUGCAUUACUUGCAGGACCAACCAAAAAGUGUCACAAAGUUUACUUGAUCAAAACAGCAGGGACUGGUCUAAUGCUAGUAGCAAUGGAUUAUCAUAUGUCACUAGAUCGACUCCACGUUUAUCAGAUGGAAGGGGAAACUCCUGUGUGGAAGGAGGUGGAAUCGAUUGGGAACAAUGUCUUGGUUUUAGGUUCGAACAAUUCCAGAGUAAUGUCACACCAUGAAUCCCUACGCUGUGAUAGUGAUUCAAUCUAUUAUGUGAAGAAGUCAAAUUCUGGAUCUUAUAACUUAAAAGUGUUUAGCUUGAAAGACAAAUCCAAUAAAGAAGUCUGUGAACUUCCAGUCGACUUUGAACCACUAGCUUUUUCGGGAUUAUAA